AUGGACCCCAAUUCUCUUACUUCCCACCCGUCCACCGCCGCCCAGGCUCAGACGUUCGUGGCUCCUGGCUCUCUCUCGUACCCCCAGGGCGCGAACCUCGACCUGACUGCACCUACAGCUGAGCAAAACACUCAGCAGGUUGCCGACAAUGCGAACGGUGUUGCUACUCCAGCGGCUACUCCCGAUACACAGAAUGGUCAAGUGCCUUCUGGCAUCGUGCCUACUCUCCAGAACAUUGUGGCUACCGUCAACCUGUCCGCUCGCCUUGACCUCAAGACCAUCGCUCUUCACGCUCGUAACGCUGAGUACAACCCCAAGCGUUUCGCUGCCGUCAUCAUGCGUAUUCGCGAGCCCAAGACGACGGCCCUGGUCUUUGCGAGUGGAAAAAUGGUUGUGACCGGUGCCAAGUCUGAAGACGACAGCCGCCUUGCUUCCCGUAAAUAUGCGCGGAUUAUCCAGAAGCUCGGGUUCAGCGCCAAGUUCACCGACUUCAAGAUUCAGAACAUUGUCGGCUCCUGCGACAUCCGCUUCCCCAUUCGUCUCGAGGGUCUUGCAUCCCGCCAUCACACUUUCUCUUCUUACGAGCCUGAGCUGUUCCCUGGUCUCAUCUACCGUAUGAUGAAGCCGAGAAUUGUCCUCUUGAUUUUCGUAUCUGGCAAGAUCGUCCUCACUGGUGCCAAGGUCCGUGAGGAGAUCUACCAGGCCUUCGAGCUCAUCUACCCAGUCUUGUCGGACUUCCGCAAGUCUUGA